GCAAAUUUGCAUUUUAUGCAUGAAUACUAAUUCGGGUUGCAAAUACGACAAGAUGUUUAGUGGCAGCCACGUAGCGUGAAGACGAUUUAAUCAGGCCUUUGGAAGCCAUUUUAGUGCUUCCAAUUCGCGUGGCAGACUUCUGAAUGGCUUCCCGAGAAGAAAUAGAACACGAAGCCACGAUAGAGCGACUUCGAAAAUCCAGAAACUUCGGUGUCUGCCAAGAGCUCUCGGACCAAUACAAAGCUUCUUAUUUACUAGGAGCAACACCAUGUGAUCGGGCAAAGAAGUAUGAUGGAGGCUUCUUUGAAAAAUUCACAACUCUGGAUUGGAAAGGGGAAGGGAAUGAAAGAGUCAUAGAGGAAGUUGAGAGCCUCCCAGAGCCUAAAGAUCUUGACAGCAUUAAAGAGGGCGAGGGCUGUAAGAAUGAGGUGGUCAAGUCAUCUGAGAGUGCUGAAACAUCCAUUACCACACAACAGAGGGAAGCCUUGUUUUGUGAGGUUCUGUACACCGUCAUGCAUAGACUUGGUGCACAGGAGACCACAGGCCACCUGACGCCCGGCUACUUAUAUGGCUACGCACAGGAGGUACAGUAUACACAUAAAACAUCCGGUCAUCUGACGCCCGGCUACUUAUAUGGCUACGCACAGGAGGCUCUGAAGAUAUCAGAAGAAAGGCACCACGAACUGUAUACGCUAGCCAAAGAACGACUGCCCCCGACUUGCUUCAUGCAUGUCACUGUUGUCCAAGCGAGAAAUCUCGAAGCAAAAGAUGCAAACGGUCUUAGCGACCCGUAUUGCAUGUUGGGAUUGAUGCGCUCGGAGCUGGAGGAGACAGAUGCGAAUAAGAACAAGCGCGGGAAACUCCGCAAGCGAUCCACGCUACGAGAGCUACUUAAAGACGAGUCUAUCAAAGUUACCACCGUUCGCGAAAACACGCUCAACCCGACCUGGGAGGAGAGCUUUACCUUGGAAGUGACAGACGCUCGUAAUGAAAAGCUGCACGUCGAUGUCUGGGAUUGCGACGAUAAAGACAUGCUCACAGAUAAUGAUAACAAGCUGACGAAAAUCAAGGGAUUCCAAGGCGUCGGGAGAUAUUUCAAAGACGUUGUUCAGUCAGCGAGGGCCACGGAUAAUGAGAACAUUGAUGAUUUCCUGGGUUACCUUGAGAUACCUGUUAAGUCUGUCCCCGUGGAUGGCAUCGAUCAAUGGUUUAUCCUACAAUCCAAGUCCUCCAAGUGUCGCGUUAGUGGCGAGUGCCGAGUCAAAGUAUCACUUUCUUCAGGAAAGCGGCCAGACCUCCCUAGCAGUGUGCGCGCGAUCUACCCCAACUUCUCAGAUAUCUACGGUGCCGUGCUGCACGAGUUUAUCGCGUACGACCUGAACAGAGCCAAGGAGGAAAGUGAAGGUCAAAGCAGAUGGUCUGGUCGCCUGUCGGCUGAGGCGGAGUACAUCCUCCAUCAGAUCGCGGUACAGAACGACUUGACGCCGCUACAAGAGGCCGCCAUGCGCUGGCGGUUUUAUAGUGAGCGUCACUGGUCAGACCCCAUGCAGUACGACAUGUUAUGCCUACUAGCACAGAACGUCACCAAGCUCUGGCUACCCAAGAAACUCGCACCGAAAGAGGACCGCGCUCUUCUCAAGAGCCUCCGUCUGUUCGUGGAUAACUGCCUGGAGCUACUGGUGAAGCAUAGAGAACUCUACCCUCCUAGCGACAGCGGGCGGUUUGGAAGGCUUGUUAGCAUGGUCGAGUGUCUUAAUGCUGUCUGCGAUAUGGAUGCUUACCAGGAGGAUGACCAAGAGCCACUUCGCCACACCCUGGUUAACGUCCUCAAGGAAUCAGUAAUUUCGUGGUACAAGAAAACCAUGGCAUGGAAGGAGCCGCAGUCAAAUAGUUCAGAGAUCGGCCGGUUAUCGUCUUUGGUGGACUUGGUUGAGUGUGUCGUCGCUGAUCUUAUAAUGGCGCUUAAAUUCUACAGAAAAGUGUUCUUCCUUGUUGGUGUCGACUAUUUCACCAUAACGUACAACCAGCUGGAGAUUUUGCUAGCGCAUGACGUCCAGCAAGAGAUGCAGAACUUAAAUAAGAAGAUGAAGCAGCCGGGCCAUGCGGACCUAGUGGGGGAAAAGCUGUUUGCGCUUUACCUCGGAGUUAAAGACAUCCGGAAAUACAGAGAGAACAUCACCUCCGACAAAGACGCUGUUUCGGCUCUUGAGGAUUUCUAUCAAUGGUUCAAGACCUCUGUCACGCGAUGGUUCGAGAUAGCUGAAGACAGAGCAAAUGAGCGCAUCAAGAAGGCUGUAGAACUUGAUGAGUUCCUUCGUGUUGAUGCAAGCGUGAUGCACUCGACCUCCGCCGUGGAUUGCGCCGGCUGCUUCCAUCAGAUACGUGAGUUCUGGCGGAUGUUGGACUGGCCCGAUCCCGUGGGAUGCUACGUAUUUGUCACGCAAAUCACAAAUAUUAUUUGUGGCGGAGCUUCAUAUUACGCGGAUCUCUUGUUUGAGAACAUGAAGAGUCACAACUACUAUGACAACGACCCCUCCCAGUUUGACGUCAGCGAACAGUUGUGCGUCGCUCUGAAUGACAUCCAGCACAUCAGACUUUACCUCGCAAAACUACCAGAAACCCUCGGAUACGAACGUGUCAUUUCCGCUAUGACGAAGGCGCACGGCGAAAAGGGCGGGAAUCAUACGCGUGUUGCCAUGGAAACCAUGCUUAGCAGUGCUGAUGAGGACAUGCAAAACAAGAUUAACCUAAUUACCAAUCAUAUCGGACAGAUGAUGGCUGUGGAUGUGAAGAGAUUUGUCAAUCAUCUUGCGUGGAGCCCCAAUCCCAAACCUGCAGAAGAGGCUAUCGGACCGUUGCUCAAGUAUCUUGAUGACGAUUUAAUGGUGCUCAACAAGAGCGUGAUGAAGUUCGUCUUCGAGCAAAUCCUAGACAACAUCUGGGAGAUUGUCAUAGAGAGCUUCAACCACAUGAUGAAAACAAGUCGAGGGAACCCACCAGAGUUCUACAAUCGACUUGAGCAGGUUAUGGAGAUCGUCAAGAGUUUCUUCCAUGCUGAUGGAGUUGGCCUGUCCUACGACAGACUCAUGUCUGGGUCAAGCUAUAAGGCCUUUAUGGAGACACUUGGCGUUCGAAAGGUGUCUACAGAAGAACUUAUUUUGCUGUAUUUGGCGGAAAAAUGCGAGAGACAGAAAAAAGCGGAGGAGAAAUACGGCGCGGUUACCAUCAGAGCGAUUUAUGACUCUGCACAUCGGAAACUUCUUGUAGAAGUUUUAAACGCCAGAGAUCUGCCCCCACUCGACACUAACGGUCUCUCUGACCCAUACGUGAGCCUGAGGCUGAUGCCCUUCCACGUGUUCGGGCGGGAGGAACGCAAGACGAAAGUCAUCAAGAACACGCUCUUCCCGCUCUUUGACGAUACUUUUGAAUUUUCAGUGACACCGGAGCAGUGCAAGACCAAGGGAGCCUGCCUGUCAAUCACAGUAUUAGACUAUGACGUCAUCACCAAUGACGACAUCGAAGGUCACGCGUUCCUAGCCCUGCAAAGUAUAUCGGGAUUGGACGAGCAUAUCCCAGGGGGCUUUGCGAGCCAGCCGCAGAUUACGCUGAAUCUCCACCACCCUCCCCCUAAGGGAAUGAUUUUUGACAUCCUGGAGUGCCGUAACGACAAAGUUGCACAGAACUUUGUCAAGGAGGAGAGAACGAUUUACGAGAAAACACUCAGCGCCCAUUCAUGAAAUGGCCAAGAGGUGCCGAGAUAAAAAAAAAGCAGGCGAUGUAUGGCACAGAGGAUGAACAAAUGAAUGAAACGGAGGGUAAAUAACGGCGCAGACGAUAAAUGAGCGAAACGGUAGAUUUAGAGAUGGCGAAAGACUGUUCACAAGAGACCAUCAAGAUGGUCAUAAAUCAGUGAAUAUUGAACUUUGAGACUAGUCCUUAAAAUUGUGGGCAGAGAGGGGCUGAAGUCACAGAAAUUAAGCUGUACAGCUAAUUCAAGGACCGUCAGAAUGACAAAAUAACGAAGAACGUGACGGAGAUUUAUCAGAAUAGAGUGGCAGCGGUAUCUCCUAAUCAUUUCCAUUCCACGCAUGUUUCUAUUUUAAAGACAUCUAAAUGCAUUUGACUACUACUUUACAGUGUUUGCGUUCCAUUUCCCAUAAGGGAAUGAAUAUUAUCUAUUCGGAGCUUUACCAUUUCUUUAAAGAACUGUGUUUGAGAUAAAGUUUGUGUUACGUUUAUACAAUUAUACUUCACUUGAAUUUUGUAACGUAAGACAAGUUUAUUGAAACUUUACAUGCUCUUGAUUCAGUGUCAGCGUCUCACGCCACAACAAAUCAGUGUGAAAAAUAUGGUACCAACCAUAAAAAUAAUUGAAUAACAUCAAAUAAAUUUUACAUCUUCGCA